AUGACUGAAGUAUGUUCCCUGCUCUGUCAGGAGGCGAAAAUCAUGGUUGUGCCGUGCCCCAGUGUCCAGCCCAUCGAGGAGGCCCUGGAGGACUGCACGCGUAACGUGGUUCCCAUCAUGCUCUACGCCCUCAACCAGGAUGCCCUCACUGCCGAGCAGGUGGCCGACCUGAGUAAAGUCAAAGAGACGCUCCCCUUCCCCAUCUUCUUCAUCCGUAUCCCCGCCACCCCACCCGAUGCCUCCCCCGAGCCCAGCCGGCGCCUGGAGAAGGAGAGGGAGAAGAGCCCCCUUUACAAGCAGCUGCUGUCCCUAGGCUUUCUCAGCACCCCAGUGGGGAACUGUUCCUGCGGAGCUCCCUCCCAGACGCCCAGCCUGGCCACCAAGCCCCAGAGCGUCCUGGGGGAGGCCUUUGAGAGGCUACAGCGCCUCCUGGUGGCCUUCACCCGCCAGGUGCUCCAAUACCAGCAUGUGGAGGCUGCUAACCUGCUCAACGGGGUGCACUGCCGCUGCCUCGACCUCUUCAUCAAACAGGUCAGUAGAGGGACUUCUGUGUGGUAAACAAUCAAUCAAUCAAUUAGCUAAUCAAAUUAAAUCUAUAUAGCGUCACAAUGUGUAACAGAAACUUGUUUAAUUGGAAGUAGAGAGAAAUUAUAGUGGUGGCAGAGACUGACUUUUCCUCCUCUCCCUGGCUACAGGCCUUUGACAUGCAGAGGGACCUGCAGAUCACGCCGCGGCGGCUAGAGUACACGCGGGAGAAGGAGGGCGAGCUGUUCACCUCCCUGAUGGCCAUCGCCAACCGCAAGCAGGAGGAGAUGAAGGAGAUGAUUGUGGAGACGCUGAACAGCAUGAAGGAACAGCUGCUGGAGGAUGCUGCCAACCUGGAGUUCACAGGUACACUGCCUGACACAGGCCUAAGGUCAAAGAUCAACUAAAGACUGAUGCUGCCAAAUGUCUCUGAGAUAAUAGCAUACCAUAGCUGUACUACUGACCCAAAACUGACUUUCAGUUGGUGAUUGAUGACACUGAGUUGACAAGACACAAGCUUGAGGUGACCUGUGUAGUAACUCAGUAAAAGGACCUGAAUCGUGAAUAUCAGACAUACAGCUGACACAAUAAGUAGAUGCAACCAAAGUCACAAUUAGUUGCAAAAUGCACAAGUGUCCUCAUCAAAUGGUUGGCAUGGUGGGGGGGGGGAGAGGAGAGGGAGAGCCAGUGCAGUCAGCAGCAGGUGAUAUGUCACUGUGAAAUUUCACCACGCUUUCGAACUACAUUCUUUCACUCACGCUUUCAUUCAAUGUAUCUUUCUCUCUUUCUCAGACAUCAUAGUGGCGACCAAUGGAGAGCCUGUUACUUCGAAGGAUAUAAAAUCUUGCAUCCACCAGAUCCAGGAGCUGAUAGUUGUGAGGUUAAACCAGGCGGUGGCCAACAAGCUGAUCAGCUCUGUGGACUACCUGAGAGAGAGCUUCGUAGGAACCAUGGAGCGCUGUCUAAACAGCCUGGAGAAGUCCAACAUGGAGUCCUCCGUCCACAACGUCACCUCCAACCACCUCAAACAGGUCUGUGUAAAGUCACAACAUUGGCUAAGACAACAUAAAAGACAAUGUAUGUAAUUACAUUUUUCCCACGAGACAGUUGCUCGAACUUAAAAUGUAAUAACAACAUCUUGUUCUGUUUUCUCUCCAUCUCUCUUCCUGUCCUGGUCAGAUCCUUAAUGCUGCCUAUCACGUGGAGGUGACCUUCCAUUCAGGAUCCUCUGUUACGAGACUCGUCUGGGAGCAGAUCAAACAAGUAACCAUUCCCAGUCAAGCAUCAGGAAUCGGAUUAAAUUGUAGUGCUUUGGAAUAACAACAACCUUGAUUUAUGUCAUUAGCAAAAUAGCAAAAUGCUAGUGUACUUUAUCCCCCUCUCGCUCUCUCUCUCCCUUCUCCCCUCUUUCUCCUCCCCUAUGAAGAUCAUCCAGAGGAUAACGUUUGUGAACCCUCCUGCCAUCACACCAGAGUGGAAGAGAAAUGUGGCCCAGGAUGCCAUAGAGAGCCUGAGUGCUGCCAAGCUGGCUAAGAGUAUCUGCUCCCAGUUCAGAACACGCCUCAACAGCUCCCACGACGCCUUCGCUGCCUCACUGCGACAGGUACACUAACCCGGCCUCGGCUAACCUUUUUGUCUCAAACUCUAAACGUAGUUUGUUAUGCACCUUCACGUUCUCCAUCUGGUGCCCUCUUCUCUAUUGCACUUUUCCUCCAAAGGAGGUUUUGUCUUGGCUACUUCUUUCUUUCCCAGCAGAAAAAACGGUUUGAAAUUAUGUUAAAAUGGCAUUCUUUCAACCAGUUUCUUGUUGUAACAAUGAUGACAUUUCAAUCAGUUUUGCCAUGUUCUGUUCACCCUAGGUAUUGGGACUCUCAACCUGCUUACUUGCAAUGUCUCACUUAAGCCACUCAGCAGUCAUGGCUUUUGUGUUACAACAAGUCUGAUUUUCAGCUUGAGCUUCUUUGUCUUUUGAUAUCAAUGAUCCAAUUGCUGUGAGGGUUGUCCCCACAUGACUGACAAUGUGAUUGUCAUUAUUGAUGAAGACGCUCAGUGUUUCUUUUAUGAUGCUCUUAUGUUAUGUGGAGGAGUGUCAUAAACAUUUGUUGGAGCAUUCUGAGAAGCUGUGUGUUUUUGUACAUUUUCCGAUGAGAUUUCAACCAAUGACGUGUAUGUGUAGCUGGAGGAGGGUCACACGGGGCGGUUGGAGCGUACUGAGGACCUGUGGCUGCGUGUGAGGAAGGACCACGCCCCACGGCUGGCCCGCUUGUCUCUGGAGAGCCGCUCCCUCCGAGACGUGCUGCUGCAUGGUGAGACACACACACACACACACAUACUCUCUCUCUCUCAUACACACACGCUCAUACAUACAGUGCCUUCGGAAAGUAUUCAGACGCCUUUACUUUUUUCACAUUUUGUUAUGUUACAACCUUAUUCUAAAAUUGAUUUUUCUUUAAAAAUCUCAGCAAUCUACACACAAUACCCCAUAAUGACAAAGCAAAAACCGUUUUUUAGGAAUUUUUGCUAAUGUAUUAAAAAGUAAAAACCAAUACCUUAUUUACAUAAGUAUUCAGACCCUUUGCUAUGAGACUCGAAAUUGAGCUCAGCUGCAUCCUAUUUCCAUUGAUCAUCCUUGAGAUGUUUCUACAACUUGAUUGGAGACCACCUAUGGUAAAUUCAAUUGAUUGGACAUGAUUUGGAAAGGCACACACCUGUCUAUAUAAGGUCCCACAGUUGACAGUGCAUGUCAGAGCAAAAACCAAGCUGUGAGGUCGAAGAAAUUGUCCGUAGAGCUCCAAGACACGAUUGUGUUGAGGCACAGAUCUGGGGAAUGGUACCAACAAAUAUCUGCAACAUUGAAGGUCCCCAAGAACACAGUGGCCUCCAUCAUUCUUAAAUGGAAGAAGUUUGGAACCACCAAGGCUCUUCCUAGAGCUGGCCGCCUGGUCAAACUGAGCAAUCGGGGGAGAAGGGCCUUGACAAAGAACCAGAUGGUCACUCUUACAGAGCUCUAGAGUUACUCUGUGGAGAUGGGAGAAACUUCCAGAAGGACAACCAUCUCUGCAGCACUCCACCAAUUAGGCCUUUAUGGUAGAGUGGCCAGACGGACAACACUCCUCAGUAAAAGGCAAAUGAAACAAGGUUCUCUGGUCUGAUGAAACCAAGACUGAACUCUUUGGCCUGAAUGUCAAGCGUCACGUCUGGAGGAAACCUGGCACCAUCUCUACGGUGAAGCAUGGUGGUGGCAUCAUGCUGUGGGGAUGUUUUUCAACAGCAAGGACUGGGAGAAUAGUCAGGAUCGAGGAAAAGAUCAACGGCGCAAAGUACAGAGAGAUCCUUGAUGACACCCUGCUCAGGACCUCAGACUGGGGCGAAGGUUCACCUUCCAACAGGACAACGACCCUAAGCACAGAGCCAAGACAACGCAGGAGUGGUUUCUGGACAAGUCUCUGAAUGUCCUUGAGUGGCCCAGCCAGAGCCCGGACUUGAACCCGAUCCAACAUCUCUGGAGAGACCUGAAAAUAGCUGUGCAGCAACGCUCCCCAUCCAACCUAACAGAGAUUGAGAGGAUCUGCAGAGAAGAAUGGGAGAAACUCCCCAAAUACAGGUGUGCCAAACUUGUAGCGUCAUACCCAAGAAGACUCGAUGCUGUAAUCGCUACCAAAGGUGCUUCAACAAAGUACUGAGUAAAGGGUCUGAUUACUUAUGUAAAUGUGAUAUUUCAGUUUUAUAUUUGUAAUACAUGUGCAAACAUUUCUACAAACCUGUUUUUGCUUUGUCAUUAUGGGGUAUUGUGUGUAGAUUGAUGAGAAGAAAAAAAACGAUGUAAUACAUUUUAUGAAUAAAGCUGUAACGUAACAAAAUGUGGAAAAAGUCAAGGGGUCUGAAUACUUUCCGAAGCCACUGUACAUACAAACGCACCCGCCCGCAAUUGCUAAUAACUCAUCCACAACCGCCCGACUAUAUGUGAAAAUCUGAGGCCAGCACCCAACUCAAACCCGCAAAUAUAGAAAAUACGAUAUAGGCUACAGUCAAAGUGAUUUUGUCGGAGUGAUUUUUUGACAGGGGGUGAAGGAUUUUCUUUGGCCUGAUUUAGAUAUGUUUCUGCUUAUAAUUUCCGACACUUUGGUAGGCUAUUUGUUAGUCAAUUUGUCUAUAAUUAGAUACAUGCAGCUUCUCUUCUGUCAUUAUAUGUUGCUCUAGAAGACUAAAUAAACCCUUGCUCACCAGAAUGUCAUUAAUCCAUAGAAUGAAUGCUUCAGUCUAGUUGACGUCGUCGGUAAAGUUUUCUGUUAUCAUCUUUUGUGGCGCAAAGACGUUUAGGGACCGGGGAGAAAAUGCAAUAACUAAAAAAAAACGGGAAAGAUUUUCUGUGCAAAAUUUCAAAAUUACAACAGUUUGACCGGUUGUAAGGAAAUGGAAAGCUGUGAAAACGACCCAACAUGUUGGAUAAGAUUUAGGUUUGGCUUGGAUGCAUAUGUUAUGUGGAUGAAAUAAUAUCAGCUUUUAUGAUGCUGAUAAAGAUAACAUCUCUACAGAUGGUAUCUAACUGAGCAUUCACAUUUUGUCAAGAUGCUGAAAGAAAGAAAUCAUAUUUCUCCACUCCUGUUCCCGAGUCAACAUUUUGCCUACAUUUGGUGUAUAAUUUUACUGCAAGAAAUGCUUAAUUCUGCAGGCUAUGUGAGCGGUUAUAGACCUACAGUCAGUCUCCAGAUUUCAGUUUCCAUUUAACCCAUCUGAACAGUAGGCUACAGUUAUCUUGAUGUGCCAUAGGCCUAUUUGAAGUUCACGUCUUGUGACUGUCAAAUUUCUAUAGCGCCUCACAAUCAUCACACAUAACAUAGACGGCACUGCUAUCAUCCUCUUUUACCACUUCACCAAAUAUUUCCCAAACAUUACUUUUCUGUCCCUCCCUUCUCUUUAUGUUCAACUCUCCUUUUGCAGCUUUUCACAUAUUGAGUUAAGCUCAGACCUUUUUGCCUUUGUGGAUUGACAAACUUUUUCUACCUUUUCCCAAAAGUAUUUGCCGAUUGGCGUUUAGGCUAUUUGGCGUGCGUACAGUUAGGCCCUAAAGCUUAGCCUUAUGUACUAGUGCCAGAUAUCCUAAAAUAAUGAAAGAAAAACCUCAAUGUACACUAUAAAUUGCACAAUAAUUAUAUAUUUAUGUAUUUUGAGGUAUUGUUUUCUCUUUAUUCAAUCCGCCCUUCAUCCACACAAUAUUUAAUGACCCUAAACCUGUCCGCCCCGCGGAUAUAACCGUGGGGACUGCGGGUUAUGAGUUGUGCGUCACAUGCACACACCAGGAUUUCCGUUAAGAAAAUGUGCCGCCGGACAUUUGACCGGCAGCAUUUUAAUUUACCGGACAAUAUACAUUUUACCGGACCAAGGGUGUGUAACCUGAUUAGGGCUUCCACCACGGUGCUCAGAAUUACAGAAAUCAUAUUUAGAUUAUGGUAAUUCAUCUUAACAGAACAUGCAACUCGAAGAUGCAACAGUGUGCUUCCUUCUUACCGAAUUCCAAUGCGCACUUUGAAGAUGUUAGAAUAACUGUCCACGUUUACUUUUCCUCAGCCAACAAGACGAGUAACGAACAGCAAAAUCACUAGCCUAUGUCAAUCUACAAUCCCCUAUGGUAGAAAAGUUGACCUAUUCUAUUGGUCAGCUUGUUGUUCUGUGCAAGAAAGAAAUGGCCUAUUCCAAACAGACUCUGGGACAGUUGUUGGAUGAUAGAUCCCAAAUUGAUAAACUAUUAUUUAUUCACAUAAGUGCAGCAAUGCGCACAAGGCAGUAGCCUACGUGUUCGUUCCAUAAUGCAAUUAGUGGAAAAACACUGAAAAAGCACACUGCACAUGCCAGCGGUUUCAUGUGACAGAGAUGAAAAUACGUUAAAAAUGUAGAUCUAAAGAUGCAACAACUGGUGUGGGUUGCUAAUAUGACUAGGUUUGACAUUUGGCUACUGGACAAUGACAGAAAGUUGAUUUUGAAAACCAAUAGAACAUGAGGCAACUGGAUUCAAUGGCAUAUGGACGUCUUUAUAAACUAAUUUUGGCUAGGCUACUUUGAAGCAAGGUAAGACAUGCCUCAUAAUAUGAAGUAAAAUGUUCAGGUUUCAAACAAUUUAAGUAUGGUUUCAAAAUGCAAAGUGAUGUGAUGAACUGAAGCCUGCUUAACAUUGCCUAUGCACUUGAAGGGCGAAUGGGAAGCGUGCUUCAAUUACCAGUUGAGAAAUAAAAAUGGUAGCUAAUUUUAAUCGUGACCAUUAACUUUUCUUAACAAACGGUUGCAUUUAGAAUUUUUGUGCAAUGAUGCCUAUAAAAGCACGUUUCACUCCAGCAGUGUGAGGAGCUGUAGCAGCAGCUCUCGCGCUCCAACAAUGUUCCACUCAAAUAUAGGCUCUGUAUGCUGUGCGCGUGUGAUAAAUAAGAUGCAUUACAACUAAUAAAAAUACACACACGGCAAUUUAAUGGCACCAAAUUAUGCAAAUUAACCUAUAGACGAUAAGCCUGACCGGCAGUUAAAUGUAUUUACAUUGACUAGUAUUUCCAACCAUGAAUAGGCAAAAACUAUAUAUUUUGUAAUGGGAUUUUUUUUCUUUUUUCUCCCGGACAAUUUUUUGAUCAGCCAAGAAACGGAAACCCUGACGCGCGCACACACAGUGUACAAAACAUUAGGAACACCUGCUCUUUCCAUGACAGACUGACAAGGUGAAUCCAGGUGAAAGUUAUGAUCCCUUAUUGAUGUCACCUGUUAAAUCCACUUCAAUCAGUGUAGAUGAAGGGGAGGAGACAGGUUAAAUAAUCAUUUUAAAGCCUUGAGUCAAUUGAGACAUGGAUUGUGUACAUGUGCCAUUCAGAGGGUGAAUGGGAAGACAAAAUAAUUGUGCCUUUUGAACGGGGUAUGGUAGUAGGUGCCUGGCGCAUCGGUUUGAGUGUCAACAACUGCAACGCUGCUGGGUUUUCACACUCAAUAGUUUCCCGUGUGUAUCAAGAAUGGUUCACCACCCAAAGGACAUCCAGCCAACUUGACACAACUGUGGAAAAAAGCUUUCGACACCUUAUAGUCCAUUCCCCGAAGAGCAAAAGGGGGUGCAAGUCGGUCCCCUGUAGCUCAGUUGGUAGAGCAUGGCGCUUGUAACGCCAGGGUUGUGGGUUCGUUUCCCACGGGGGGCCAGUAUGAAAAUGUAUGCACUCACUUAACUGUAAGUCGCUCUGGAUAAGAGCGUCUGCUAAAUGACUAAAAUGUAAGUCAAUACUAGUAAGGUGUUCCUAAUGUUUUGUACACUCAGUGUGUGUAUAUACAGUACCAGUCAGAAGUUUGGACACCUACUCAUUCCAGGGUGUUUCUUUAUUUUGACUACUUUCUACAUUGUAGAAUAAUAGUGAAGACAUAAACUAUGAAAUAACACAUCUGGAAUCAUGUAGUAACCAAAAAAGUGUUAAACAAAUCAAAAUAUAUAUUUUAUAUUUGAGAUUCUUCAAAGUAGCCACCCUUUGCCUUGAUGACAGCUUUGCACACUCUUGGCAUUCUCUCAACCAGCUUCCUGAGGUAGUCACCUGGAAUGGAUUUCAAUUAACAGGUGUGCCUUGUUAUAAGUUAACUUGUGGAAUUUCUUUCCUUCUUAAUGCUUUUGAGCCAAUCAGUUGUGUUGUGACAAGGUAGGGGUGGUAUACAGAAGAUAGCCCUAUUUGGUAAAAGACCAAGUCCAUAUUAUGGCAAGAACAGCUCAUAUUAGCAAAGAGAAAUGACAGUCCAUCAUUACUUUAAGACAUGAAGGUCAGUCAAUCCGGAAAAUGUGCAGUUGCAAAAACCAUCAAGCGCUAUGAUGAAACUGGCUCUUAUGAGGACUACGACAGGAAAGGAAGACCCAGAGUUACCUCUGCUGCAGAGGAUAAGUUCAUUAGUUACCAGCCUCAGAAAUUGCAGCCCAAAUAAAUGCUUCACAGAGUUCAAGUAACAGACACAUCUCAAGACUGUGUGAAUCAGGCCUUCAUGGUCGAAUUGCUGCAAAUAAAUCACUACUAAAGGAUCAAGAAGAGACUUGCUUGGGCCAAGAAACACGAGCAAUGGACAUUAGACCGGUGGAAAUCUGUCCUUUGGUCCGAGGAGUCCAAAUUUGAGAUUGUUGGUUCCAACUGCUGUGUCUUUGUGAGACGCAGAGUAGGUAAACAGAAGAUCUCCGCAUGUGUGGUUCCCACCGUGAAGUAUGGAAGAGGAGGUGUGGGGGUGCUUUGCUGGUUACACUGUCUGUGAUUUAUUUAGAAUUCAAGGCACACUUAACCAGCAUGGCUACCACCACAUUCUGCAGCGAUACGCCAUCCCAUCUGGUUUGCGCUUAGUGGGACUAUCAUUAGUUUUUCAGCAGGACAAUGACCCAACACACCUUCAGGCUGUGUAAGGGCUAUUUGACCAAGAAGGAGAGUGAUGAAGUGCUGCAUCAGAUAACCUGGCCUCCACAAUCACCCGACCUUAACCCAGUUGAGAUGGUUUGGGAUGAGUUGGACCGCAGAGUGAAGAAAAUGCAGCCAACAAGUGCUCAGCAUAUGUGGGAACUCCUUCAAGACUGUUGGAAAAGCAUUCCAGGUGAAGCUGGUUGAGAGAAUGCCAAGAGUGUGCAAAGCUGUCAAGGCAAAGGGUGGCUACUUUGAAGAAUCUCAAAUCUCAAAUAUAUAUUUUGAUUUGUUUAACACUUUUUUAGUUACUACAUGAUUCCAGAUGUGUUAUUUCAUAGUUUAUGUCUUCACUAUUAUUCUACAAUGUAGAAAAUGGUAAAAAUAAAGAAUAACCCUGGAAUGAGUAGGUGUGUCCAAAUACAUUCGGAAUGUAUUCAGACCCAUCGACUUUUUCCACAUUUAGUUACAUUACAGCCUUUUUCUAAAAUUGAUUAAAUUGUGUUCCCCCCCUCAAUCUACACACAAUAACCAUAUUGAAAAGGAAAAACAGAUUUUUAGAAAUGUUUGCAAAUGUAUUAAAAAUAAUAAUAACUGAAAUGUACAUAAGUAUUCAGACCCUUUACUCAGUACUUUGAUAAAUAACCUUUUGCAGCGAUUGCAGCCUUGAGUCUUCUUGGGUAUGACGCUACAAGCUUGGCACACCUGUAUUUGGGGAGUUUCUCCCAUUUCUUCUCUGCAGAUCCUAUCAAGAUCUGUCAGGCUGGAUGGGGAGCGUCGCUGCACAGCUAUUUUCAGGUCUCUCCAGUGAUGUUCGAUCGUGUUCAAGUCCGGGCUCUGGCUGGGCCACUCAAGGACAUUCAGAGACUUGUCCCGAAGCCACUCCUGCGUUGUUUUGGCUGUUUGCUUAGGGUCGUUGGCAGGUGAACCUUCGCCCCAGUCUGAGGUCAUGAGUGGUCGUUAGCAGGUUUUCAUAAAGGAUUUCUCUGUACUUUGCUCCUUUCAUCUUUGCCUCGAUCCUGACUAGUCUCCCUGCCGUUGAAAAACAUCCCCACAGCAUGAUGCUGCCACCACCGUGCUUCACCUUAGGGAUGGUGCCAGGUUUCCUCCAGACGUGACGCUUGGCAUUCAGGCCAAAGAGAAACAAUAUUGGUUUCAUCAGACCAGAGAAUCUUGUUUCUCAUGGUCUGAGAGUCCUUUAGGUGCCUUUUGGCAAACUCCAAGUGUGCUGGCAUGUGCCUUUACUGAGGAGUGACUUCCGUCUGGCCACUACCAUAAAGGCCAGAUUUGUGGAGUGCUGCAGAGAUGGUUGUCCUUCUGGAAGGUUCUCCAAUCUCCACAAAGGAACUCUGGAGCUCUGUAAGAGUGACCAUCGGGUUCUUGGUCACCUCCCUGACCAAGGCCCUUCUCCCCUGAUUGCUCAGUUUGGCCAGGCAGCCAGCAUUACGAAGAGUCUUGGUGGUUCCAAACUUCUUCCAUUUAAGAAUGAUGGAGGCCACUGUGUUCUUGGGGACCUUCAAUGCUGCAGAAAUGUUUUGGUACCCUUCCUCAGAUCUGUGCCUCGACACAAUCCUGUCUUGGAGCUCUACGGACAAUUCCUUCGACAUCAUGGCUUGUGUUUGCUCUGACAUGCACUGUCAACUGUGGGACCUUAUAUAGACAGGUGUGUUCCUUUCCAAAUCAUGUCCAAUCAAUUGAAUUUACCACAGGUGGACUUCAAUCAAGUUGUAGAAACAUCUCAAGGAUGAUCAAUGGAAACAGGAUGCACCUGAGCUCAAUUUCAAGUGUCAUUACAAAGGGUCUGAAUACUUAUGUAAAUACAUUUUUUUUAUAUACAUUUCCAAAAAAUUCUAAAAACCUGUUUUUGCUUUGGCAUUAUGGGUUAUUUUGUGUAGAUUGAUUAAAAAUAUAUAAAAUCUCAAUUUUAGAACAAGGCUGUGACGUAACAAAAUGUGGAAAAAGUCAAGGGGUCUGGAUACUUUUCGAAUGCACUGUAAAUAUACAUACACACACAACCUGCUCUUUCUACUGGGUUCUGGCACUAACAGCAUACACUCUGCCAGGGCUCUCCUCUCUCACAUGCUGAAAAGUCCUAGAACGCAUGCCAAUCACAAUAAAACAAAUCUCUGUAUGUUUCUUCGUCUUUCUGGCAGGCAAGCCCAAGCUUGGCCGAGAGCUGGGGCGGGGUCAGUAUGGAGUGGUCUAUCUGUGUGAAAGCUGGGGGGGACGCUACCCCUGCGCUCUGAAGUCUGUGGUACCGCCCGACGACAAGCACUGGAACGAUUUGGCUCUAGAGUUUCACUACACC